AUGAAAAACACAAAUAUAUUUAAUACAAUCAUGUCGCCACUGCUGGAUUCGCUGCUGCGGUGGCGGCGCGAGGCGCCCGCCCCCGGCGAGACGCUGGAUGAAACAGCUACAACAUCUAAGAACAACUUCACAACUACAGAACCUGGUACAUCGGUGCCGACUACGACGGCAAUCCCAACGACCCAGGAGUCCAUCGGAGAGAAGACAGCAGAAAUUGCUCGUAAAAUGAACAUCGAGCCAUGGCAACUCGUUGCUAUACUUGUCGGUGUGGGCGUGGUGGUGCUCGGGAUAUGUUUCUGCUGCAUCAGGAGGUGUUUCCGCAAACGACGCUCCAAGGAUGGCAAAAAGGGAAUGAAAGGUGUCGACCUAAAAUCCGUCCAGCUGCUCGGUUCUGCUUACAAGGAAAAGGUUCAGCCUGAUAUGGAGGAGCUCACGGAGAAUGCUGAGGAACCUGAUGACGGUGACUCCAAGAAGGAGGAACAGAAGCUAGGAAAACUCCAAUACAAGCUGGAGUAUGACUUUAACAGCAACAGUUUGUCUGUGACUGUAAUUCAAGCUGAGGAUCUCCCCGCUCUGGACAUGGGCGGCACGUCUGACCCCUACGUUAAAGUUUACUUACUUCCCGACAAGAAGAAGAAGUUCGAAACAAAAGUUCAUCGAAAGACUUUAAGCCCCGUUUUCAACGAAACAUUUGUGUUCAAGAACGUGCCCUACGCUGACGCUAUGAAUAAAACUCUCGUGUUUGCAAUCUUCGACUUCGAUCGAUUCUCAAAACACGACCAGAUCGGUGAGGUGAAGGUGCCGCUGUGCCAGGUAGACUUGGCACAAACUAUCGAGGAGUGGCGCGAGCUGCAGAGUGUUGAAGGAGAAGGGGGGCAGGACAACAAGUUGGGAGACAUUUGUUUCUCAUUGCGUUAUGUACCAACGGCCGGAAAACUGACAGUUGUUAUUUUGGAAGCUAAGAACUUGAAGAAAAUGGACGUCGGCGGUCUAUCAGAUCCGUACGUAAAGAUAGCACUCAUGCAAAAUGGCAAACGUCUCAAGAAGAAGAAAACGAGCAUCAAGAAAUGCACACUGAAUCCCUAUUACAACGAGUCAUUUACUUUUGAAGUACCAUUCGAACAGAUACAGAAAGUAAACCUAGUGAUCACCGUGGUGGACUACGAUCGCAUCGGUACAUCGGAGCCUAUCGGCAAGGUAGUGCUGGGUUACAACGCGUCAGGCACCGAGCUUCGCCACUGGUCCGAUAUGCUGGCUAGCCCGCGGCGCCCCAUUGCGCAGUGGCACACACUCAAAGACCCCGAUGAUGGAGAGAAGAAGGAUUAAACAUUGAACUGAGUAUGAAAAGCAGAAACCUACAAACAUGGAAGUACGAGAGUGAAGAAUAAGCGAC